UAUCGGGAUCACAGUCAUUGGGUGCGAUGCUGCCUCUGGGUGCUCUGCAACCGACAGCCGCCCGACCGACUGCCGCAGGGGCUUUCUGAACCCGAGCCGAGUGCUGCCUACACACACAAGCUACCAGCUCUCAUACUCGGCAAAAUUUCUCUGCUAUCACGUACUGACCUAACAGUAUACGAUGUUUUCAAUGGACGCCGUUUCGCACGACAUUUUUUAAAUCGCAGUUUUCGAACAUGGAAAUGACCUCUUCUUCUCGGAUUAUUUUUGGGGUACAACUGUGAUCUCUUCAUCACACAUCGACUGGAGCAGAGUCAGACACUCCAUUUGCUAGCGCAUGCGAACAUCUCGUCUUUGGCAGUUAGCUUGGUAACGUUAGUCGACGUGUCUAGCUUUCUGGAUGUUUAGUGUCCAUAAUACUGGAUUUAGUUUUCAGUUGCCCUUGGCAUCGAGCUAGUUUUAGAUUGGGUAUUGUUUUAAACACCAUUAUCUAGCUAAAGCUGGCUAGCUGCGUGUUAUAACAAGCAAGGGAGAUUUUGUUCGUCAAAGCACAUCUGACUGGUUCGAGAUCAGCAGGGGGUUCGUUGGGAUACGGAAUGCGACUCGCUAAAUAACCAAGCCUCGGCUACACAGGAGAAACCACAUACAUUUCUCCGUUUUCAUUCAAAAGGGAGCAUGUUUGAGUGACAAGCGAAGGAGGAAGUGGGAUCUCUGAAGCUCCUCCCCCUGCUGGUGGGGCCUCUGUACAUCUGGACCAGAGACCCCUUUACUCAGCAGGACAGAUGGCAGAGAAAAGCAGAGCACCAGUGUGGGACUGUUACAUGGAAUUGGCACCAGGGAAAGCAAGGUCUUUUUUGUGAUAAAGAUGAUGCGGAGGUUUGCCUACUGUAAGGUGGUUCUGGCCACCUCCCUGGUGUGGGUGAUGUUGGACAUGUUCAUCCUGCUCUACUUCAGCGAGUGUAACAAGUGUGAUGACAAGAGGGAGAGGGGCCUGCCAGGCAGGGACGAUACAGUAUUGCGUCCCAGGGAGGGUCCAGGAGAAGGAGGUAAACCUGUGGUGAUUUCUAAAGAGAACCAGGAGAAGAUGAAGGAGAUGUUUAAGAUCAACCAGUUUAACCUGAUGGCCUCGGAGAUGAUCGCAUUCAACAGAACCCUGCCUGAUGUCCGCCUGGAGGGCUGUAAGAAUAAGCUGUAUCCAGACGAUCUGCCUCGUACCAGUGUAGUGAUCGUGUUCCACAAUGAGGCCUGGUCCACUCUGCUGCGGACCGUCCGCUCUGUCAUCGACCGCUCCCCCAAGUCUCUGCUAGAGGAGGUGGUACUGGUGGACGAUGCUAGUGAGAGAGACUUCCUGAAGCGGCCGUUAGAGCAGUAUGUCAGGAGGAUGGAGGUUCCAGUCAGAGUGGUGAGGAUGGAACAGAGAUCUGGACUGAUCAGAGCUCGACUGAAAGGAGCCUCACUCUCCACUGGACAGGUGAUCACGUUUCUAGAUGCUCACUGUGAGUGCACCAUUGGCUGGCUGGAACCUCUACUGGCCCGCAUCAAACUAGACAGGAAAACGGUGGUGUGUCCCAUCAUCGACGUGAUCAGUGAUGACACGUUUGAGUACAUGGCUGGUUCUGACAUGACCUACGGAGGCUUCAACUGGAAGCUGAACUUCCGCUGGUACCCUGUACCCCAGAGAGAGAUGGACCGCCGCAAGGGAGACCGCACUCUGCCCGUCAGGACUCCUACCAUGGCCGGUGGGUUGUUUUCUAUAGACAGAGAUUAUUUCCAAGAGAUAGGGACAUAUGACGCAGGUAUGGACAUUUGGGGAGGAGAGAACCUGGAGAUCUCCUUUAGGAUCUGGCAGUGCGGGGGGACGUUGGAGAUCGUGACGUGUUCUCACGUGGGUCACGUGUUCCGGAAGGCCACGCCCUACACGUUUCCAGGGGGAACGGGUCAGAUCAUCAAUAAGAACAACAGACGCCUGGCCGAGGUCUGGAUGGACCAGUUCAAAAACUUCUUCUACAUCAUCUCCCCUGGUGUGACGAAGGUGGAUUAUGGUGACAUCACGUCUCGCUCGUCUCUGAGACAGAAGCUGCAGUGUAAACCUUUCAGCUGGUACCUGGAGAACGUCUAUCCUGACUCCCAGAUACCACGACACUACUACUCACUGGGAGAGAUCCGUAACGUGGAGACUAACCAGUGUCUGGACAACAUGGCCCGGAAGGAGAACGAGAAAGUUGGCAUCUUCAACUGCCAUGGCAUGGGAGGAAACCAGGUGUUCAGCUACACGGCCAAUAAAGAGAUAAGGACAGAUGACCUGUGUCUAGACGUGUCCAAACUCAACGGUCCUGUCAUGAUGCUCAAGUGUCAUCACCUCAAAGGAAACCAGCUCUGGGAGUAUGACCCCAUGAAGUUGACCCUGAUCCACGUCAAUAGUAACCAGUGUCUGGACAAGGCCAGUGAGGAGGACAGCCAGGUGCCCAGCGUCAGAGACUGUACACACACUCGCUCUCAACAGUGGCUGCUGCGCAACGUCACGCUGCCUGAGAUCUUCUGACCGCCGCCUACCCACACACACACACACACACACACACACACACACACUGACGGAGAGAGAGAGAGAGUGAGAGGAGGGCAGAAGGGACAGUCCACGCUGAAUGGGAUGAAGCAGGGCCCUUCUAUGGUGUCUGGGAGAGGGAACAUGUUUGGACUCAAUGGAGGAGAGACUCUUACUUUUAUGAAGAGAGACUGGUGAUGUUUUAAAGAGAGAGACCUGCUCCUGGAGAGACAUGUUGUUAAAGAGAGAGAGAGACUCACAGAGAGAACUUCCAUGGACAAGGCAGUCUCCCCAAUGCUGCAAACUCAUCACUUAUGUUUACCUGUGUGUGUGUGUGUGUGUGUGUGCGUGCGUGCGUGCGUGCGUGCGUGCGUGUGUGUAUGUGUGUGCAAAUGCGUUCUCAAGUAAAGGUGGCUCAUUAGUGAAAACAUUUUUUUCUUUGAGAUUUGAAAUGAACUCUGUUGAACUCAUAUGAAGGAAG